AUGAACGAACAGAAGAAUGUUAUCGCCAAACUGCUAGAUCGCAUUCCAGAACGCGGACAGGGAGAUUGCAAUACGACGGAGCACAUAGCACUCCCAAACUUGAUGGCAGCGUUGAGCAACCGCAUCGAAAAGUUCGUUGUUCGACCCGGAUGCCGACAUGAUUUUCUCCAAAUGGUUUUCAAGAUACAAGGAUGCAGCCAAAAGUCGGACUGGCUCUACGAAAAAAUUUGGAUAAUUCUAUCUUUCGAGAAGUACCAAAGGCACGUGCUGCCAAGAGAUGUGACAGAUAAUGGGUUCACCGAGAAGGUGGUCUUACUCAAGCAGUUGUUUGAUUUCAAAUCGUCAUUGUUUACCACGAGAUAUCAAUGUCUUGAGCUAGAGAAGAGUCAUUCAGAAGACUUCCUCACGUAUACCGGUCGAGUGAAUGGAUUUUGCGAGAGAGUAAAGAUUUACGAGCUAGGCUCAGACGCAUCAAAUUGUCGCCGGAACUAUGAAACUAGUGGAAGCCACAUCCGUACAGAGAGCGAAGAAAUAGAAGUCGUUGGAACUGAGACACGACACACAGACAAUCGCGCUAGAGGGAGCCAACCGCGAAAGCUUGGUUCAUGCAAGAGUGCAGAAGGUCGGUCACAAGGAAAAAGUUUUUUGCAGCUUUACGAAAAAAUGAAAGACUGCUCGCACAGACGGCGAGAAAACUCCGCUACUGAAAGAGAAGUUUCGUCGAGGAACAGAAACAACAGAGGCCCGAGAAAACAAGUACGAAUCGUCAUGGUUGCAAAUGCAGCAGUUCAAGCAAACUCGUCCCGUGUAUAUACAUCGAUGCUGUAG